AUGUCCGCCAACCAAGCUUUGACUGCCCUGCAACACUGGGCUCUCAAAGCCACUGAGGUAGUUCGACUUCGCGCGCCAGGCCCCAUGACACGCAACGCAGUAAUUGCGUCAGCAGCUCUUGGAUUGGUUAUCUGGGCAAACCGUGUUCUGAAUCGCCUGAGCCUAAACAAUUGGACAAAGGUUAAGAAAGGCUGGGAUAAUGAGCAUGAGCUAGUACUCAUCACUGGUGGAUGCAGUGGUAUUGGCAAGGCGAUUGCAUCUAGCCUCGUUAAAAAGGGGGUGCGUGUGGUUGUUCUCGACAUUCAAGAGCCCGAGUACACUCAAGACGAAGAUGUAGCAUUCUACCGCGCAGAUGUGACGUCCUCUGAAAGCAUCCGUGCCGCCGCAAUCAAGAUCCGUGCUGACCAUGGCAGCCCAACUGUACUCGUCAACAAUGCCGGCAUUGGAAAAAACGGGCCCAUCUUAGAGAAAUCCGAAGGCCAAAUCCGCCAAACAUUCAACGCCAACACAAUCUCGCACUUCCUGAUGGUUAAAGAAUUUCUGCCAGACAUGAUUAAAAAGAAUCAUGGUCACGUCGUUACCAUUGCUAGUGUGGCUAGCUUCCUGGGCCUGGGAGGGUCGAUAGAUUAUUGUUGCUCCAAAGCCAGUGCCUUGGCGUUUCAUGAAGGCUUGAGCCAGGAAUUGAGUCUUUGGUACAACGCGCCCAAAGUUCGGACCAGUAUCAUCCACCCUAGCUGGGUGCGAACACCAAUGAUAGAGAGGUUGAUCUCUGCUGGAGAGCGAUUCGGUCAAACCAUUGUCGCGCCCGAGGUCGUGGCUGAGGCUGUAGUCAGGCAGAUUCUCGCGCAGAGAGGUUGCCAGAUCAUUCUGCCAGAAACCCGUUUUGUAGUCUCGUUACUCCGUGCAUUUCCUUCUUGGAUCCAGAGGGGCUUGGGUGCAAUGGCAGAUAGGCAGCUGAAGGACGUUCAUGACUGGCAUUUGAAAUUCGAGGCGGGUACAAAAUUGAUAUGA